UCCGCCCCCACCACCCACUCCCACACGCACAAGCCUUCCCUUCCCCAUCCCCCCCUUCCCCAGCGACCCAACCCAGAACCCACUCCACUUCCCCGGUGAGGCUGAGCGUUCCACCACCACCACCACCACCACAAACGACGACGACGGCGAGCCACCGCGAACACGGUGGCGACAGGUUUGUUCUCUGAACCCUUCUCGUAGACGCUAGCUAGGAAAAGGAGGCCUUUUCCGGGAGCCGUUCUUGCUGGUGCUAUUUGAUCGAGCAAGGAAGCGUCACCCGGAGAAGAUUCGAGCUUUGAUUUCAAACCCUUUCGUCUUCCUCUUCCUUGCAUUAGGGAAGAAGAACAGAGAUCCGGAGAACCUUUUUUUCUCUCCUGGAUUAGUUUGUCUGUUCUCGUAGAACUUUCUGUUUUCUUUUAGCUUCCUUUUUGUUUUGUUGCUUUCUUCAUCUAGCAAGCUGGAAAAGGGUCGUUUUUAAGCCCCCUUUCAGGCUGCACCAACCAAACCAUCCCUGUUCUUCGCUUUUACAGAAGAAACAGGCCCCCUUUUUUCAAAUUUCUUUUUCAGUUCAGUUUUUGGACAAAAAAAGAUUCGAUUUUUUUCGCCAGUUUUUAGCUCUUGCUAGUCUUUUGCUCAUCUUCGUAAUGGCAGCCAUAGAUUUGGACACAAACCAGCUGAGCUCCUCCUCGUCGUCCUCCUCGGACCAGGAGCUCAUGAAAGCACUCGAACCUUUUAUCCGGAGUGCUUCUUCCCCCACCUCCUCCACCUCCACCACCACCUCCCCCUUCUCCUACCCUUACGUCUACCACUCUGCUUUGCCUCAAGAUUCGUACUACUACCAACCUGCCGCCGCCGCCUCUUCUUGCACCGCGCUCCCGCCACCGCCGCCAGCUCCCACCACCACCUCCUUCUCGCAGCUCCCGCCCCUGCCGCCCUGCUCCUCGUCGUACGCCAUGCCGACGGCGCCGUACCAGACGUUGUCGAUGGACGCCGCGGCGGGGCUGGCGCUGAACCACCUGAGCCCGGCGCAAAUCCAGCAGAUCCAGGCGCAGCUCCUGUUGCGGCAGCAGCAGCGGGGCCUGGUGGCGUCGCUCCUCGGCCCGCGGGCGCAGCCCAUGAAGCAGGCCGGGGCGGUGGCGCCGCCAUCGACCGCCUCGAAGCUGUACCGCGGCGUGCGGCAGCGGCACUGGGGCAAGUGGGUGGCGGAGAUCCGCCUGCCCAGGAACCGGACGCGGCUGUGGCUCGGCACCUUCGGCUCCGCCGAGGACGCCGCGCUCGCCUACGACAAGGCGGCCUUCCGCCUCCGCGGCGACGCGGCGCGCCUCAACUUCCCGUCCCUCCGCCGGGGCGGCUCGCACCUCGCGGGCCCGCUCGACGCCUCCGUCGACGCCAAGCUCACAGCCAUCUGCCAGGGCCUCGCCGCCGCGCCCGAUUCCAAAUCCGCCGCCGCUGCCCCGGAAUCGCCCAAGGCCUCGGCGUCCACGACCACGACGGAGGGCGACGAGUCGGUGCACUCCGCCGGCUCGCCUCCUCCCCUACCGGCGUUCCAGCAGCAGCAGCAGCAGGUGGCGCCGGUCCCGGAGAUGGCGAGCCUGGACUUCACGGAGGCGCCGUGGGACGAGUCAGCCGCCUUGCACCUGAACAAGUACCCGUCAUGGGAGAUCGACUGGGACUCCAUCCUCUCGUGAUCAAGCCAACAAGCUCAAUCACGCGCUGUAAUUUUUGUCAAUGGGUCUAAUUUAAUUAACCCGCAGCCGCCGCGGAUCCGAUGGAAUAUUAGACAUCGGGCCGCCGUGGCUGCGAGUAGGGUUUAAGGAGCUCGUCGAACGUAGCGGUCAUUAAGGAGAGGGUUUAAGCUAAGCUUUACCAUUUGGUCGUCAUGGAGUAGUACAAGUGUUGUAUUAAGAUUAUUCAUUAGCGUCAUGUAUGGUAACUAGUGAUCUCCUGGUUGCUUCGCCGGUUGUUUUUUCUCUCCCGGCAAGGCCAGUUGAGGGUGUAAGUGUAAUGAAUUGUUAUGUAACUGUUGGUUACUUGCUGAAUUUGAAUUUUGUCUAAUCUGUGCA